AUGACAAUCAAGUAUAUUACAGGAGACUUGUUCAGUUGUAAAGCAAUAGACAAUGCAAUCGUAUUGGCACAUGCUUGCAACACUAAAGGAAGUUGGGGAGGUGGAAUAGCUGCAGUUUUUAGAAGAAAGUUUCCAAUUGCUAAUAAACAAUAUUCGGAAUAUUGUCAUAAUAAUUCAAAUAUAUUAGGUAAAUGUUUAUUGUUAAAAGCUGAUGAUUUUGAAAAAUCCAAAAUAUACAUAGCUUGUCUAUUCACUAGCGAUUAUAAUCAAUCACCUGAACAAAUUGCUUCCAAUACUACAGAUGCAUUAAGGGAUUUAUCAAAAGAGUUACAAACACUUAAAAACAUUGAAUCUAAUCUGGUUGGAGAAAAAGUAGUUAACAUGCCAAAAAUCAAUGCUGGAAUAUUUGGAGUACCAUGGGAGUUGACUGAAAAAUCGUUGAAUGAAGUGAAUUCUUUAGAUUAUAAUGUUUACGUGUUGUAA